AUGACGAUGUUUGCUGAUGACAUGGCAUUUUAUUGUCGUGAGAACUCGCCAACCAAUUUGCAAUCAAAGCUCAAUGCAGACUUGGCAGCUAUUACAUCUUGGUUACAUAACAAUAAGCUGACACUAAAUGUUACUAAGUCGAAGUUUAUGGUCAAUGGAGGACGUGACAAAUUAAGUCAGUUUAAUGACAUAGCCCUUGUAGCCAAUAAUGAUCAACUAGAGAAAGUUACCAAAUUCAAGUAUCUCGGAGUGAUCAUAAACCAGCAUCUUACUUGGCAUGACCAUAUUGAACAACUACAAAGAAAAUUAGCAAAGAAACUGGGUGUGCUAAAACGAAUCAAGCAUCUUCUCCCAGUUUAUUUAAGCUCAAGACAGAAUGGUAAACCGAUAGGAUACCCGUACUCAAAUUGGUUUCAUGUUCGAAAAGUCUCGAAUUUUCCUUUUCUCUGCGUAGUGUUCCUGGCCAAAGCUACUCAGUCAAGCUCAGGUGUCACAGCCUUAUCACUUGUCUACACUGUCCAACUCUCAGUGGACACGUUACAAUAUGGUGUUAAGCAGUGCGCUGAAGUUGAGAAUUACAAGACAUCUGCAGAAUGCAUUAUCGCUUACACUAACAUUGAACAAGAAUCUGGGUAUGAGUGUCAACACCAGCCUCCGCUGGAAAACUGGCCACAGCUUGGUCAAGUGAGAAAAGAGAACCUUGGUUUAGUUUAUUACGAAGUUGGACUAAAAAUUCUUAAGGAUGUCUGCUUUACGGUUGAUUCACACGAAAAAAUUGGAAUUGUUGGUCGCACCGGAGCCGGCAAGUCUUCACUGCUUUCAGCCCUAUUCCACAUGCCUCAAUCGACUUAUUAUUAUUAUUAAAAUUAUUUAGAGAGGGAGCCCAGCUCGCCAUAGCGGUUUUCAGUGAGGCCCUCAAAAUUAACAAUAUGUAAAAUAAAUAAUCGCGUAAUUAAUAGGUAAAAGCAUAACAGUGGGAACUAUGAAAUAUCUAAAACAUGAUAUAAACAGAAAAUAACAAAAUCGAUGAACAAGAGAUGAUACACUAAACGACCAUUAAGAUUCAAAAUGUUUAAGCAAUGAAAUUUUAAAAGCAUCAUAAGGUAGACAUCUCAU